UGCCUUCAGAGUACGAUUCGCAGCUGCGAGAUUUGUUCAAAGAAACCUCGCAGCUGCCCGUGCCGCCAUGGCGGACGCGCCAGAUGCGCCUGAGGGCGCGAAGAAGGCGGAGGCAGAAGUGCCGGAGGAGCUCACGUUGCUUCACUUCUGCGGACGAGAGGAACUCUCGGAUUGCUCGAUCAAGCUUCCCAAGUCCGGUGCGCUGCAGGAGCAGGCGGUGAAGUGUCACCGCUUGGCGCUCUGUUCAUGCUCCGGCUACUGCUUCCGCCACUUCCUGAAACCUGACGCUGAAAGCGAGCUAGCCCUGCCGGAGUUGCCCGAGGAUGCGGAGCUACGACGGCAACUUCCCCUGCACGGCCUCUUUCAGCUGGUGCUGCGCUUCGCCUAUGCGAACCAGACCUUUUCGGUGCUCGAGAGCGAGGCGCCGGAAAUGUUUCCCGGUCUCUAUGCCUUGGCCAUGCUCUUGGAGGCGAAGAAGUUAGCUGAGGCCACCUACGAGGCGAUGGAGCUUCGCCCAGGAGCCGCAGCCAAGCUGCUUUAUGUCGCCUCACAGUUGGAAGGACAAGCAGAUUUCCAAACGGCGACCGCACGCUGCUUGGAGGUUCUCCGCCAAAACUUCGGCGAGCUUUGCUCGGGCUUCGGCGCCGACUUUGGUUUACUCGCCAAGCUCCCAGUGAAGCUUUUGGUCACACUUCUGGAGGAGGAUGACUUGAAUGUUCCGACCGAGGAGACCUGCCUUCGCUUUGUGCGGCACGUGCUGUGGCGCAGGCUGCCACGGCCAGAGAAGAUGCUGACCCUGAGCGGCACCCUUGACGGAGCUGCAGAAGGCGUACAGCUCAUGUGGGAGUCGGUGGCCUUGGAGGAGACCAGUAGUACGUCUCCACCAGUGGACCGCUACUCCGCCUCCGCCCAAAGUGAAGGCGGAGCGAUCCCAGAGCUUUCACAUCGUGUGCCGGACCCCAAAGGGGGGAAGGGCGCGCUUUUGCUGAGAGCUCUAAGAGGAGAAGAGGUCUAUCUUUCCGUGGAGCUUCCCAUCCGCUGGGAGGAGGCCUCCCCGGACGAGAUGCAAGUCCAGGCGCUGCAAGAUGGGAAGCCUGUGACCAUCCGAUUCAGGUAUACCUUGAAUGAGGCUCCGGAGGACGCCAAGGAGGACGGCGACGGCGAGAAGGACGCCGAGGGUGGCGAGAAGAAGGAUGGGGAGGGCGAGGCAAAAGCGGAGAAGACGCGGCCGGACAUGCUGCUGAAGAAGGAGGAGGUCGAGCAGCUCCUGGGUGGUUUGCGCUUCGGACAUUUGGACCAUCCGCAGCUUUUGGAGGCUGUCAAGGAUCCCUUGCUCUCGCAGGCUGGUGCCCAAUCGCACCUGACGGAUGCUUUGAGCGUGCGCCUCGCGCGCUACGAAGCGGCCGAUGCGGCGGCGCCGCCGCGGCCGGCGCGGCCCUCCACACGUGGUGGCUCACGUGACGGCGCCGCGGGCGGGGCAGCUGGCAGCAGCGCGCCGGUGGGCGCCGCGGGCGCCGCCACUCCGGCACCACCUCCUGAUGCUCCAGAGCCGGGCAGCCCACAGUUCCAGAGCUCUCGAGGAACCAUGGGGGCAAACCUUUUCCCCUGCCGCUGUGGAGAAGGACGAAUGCAGCUGAGACAGGCCGAGGGCCGCUUCUUGGCGCGCUGUCAUCGGAUGGCCAGCUGUCAGGAGGCGAUUUGGCUGCCGAGCAGCGUGGUGGCCGCGGCCGUCGAUGGACAUUGCGCCGCUUGUGCACUUCGCUUGGGCGCCGAGGUGCGAACGCUCACGGUGCGCUUGGGCCGGGACCAGUGUCGUGUUCUUCGAAAGCUUCCCAGUGGCGUGGACACGCUGCGUGGCAUGUGUAUCGCUGGCUGCCAUGAUUUGCUCUCACUUUUGGGCUGAGGCCAAGAAGGUCGCUACUGUCGUCAAUUCAGUGUUCCAAAGUUGAGCACAAGUCCGAGCGAGCGUUUCGAAGAUCGGCACGGCUCGAGUAGAAGGAUGACCCCUAUAUUCGAUCCAAGCAGGAUUCCGUACUGUUGAGGCCAGAUCCA